CUUACUUAAUCAAUACAUCAAGUUUCCAUUCUAUUAAUCUAUUUAUAGUUAGUAGACACUUAAAAACCAGUGCAUACCAAUUGAACUUACUUCACAGCGUCUUACGUAAAUAUUAACUAACGCAGUGAUAACAGAAUGGACAGCUUAGAUAAUAUCAUUAAAAAUCGUUUAAAUAAAGAUCAGUUAAAGCAAUUCAAUAAAAUAUAUUAUGGAACAGAAGAUAAUUGUGAAUUGGAACUUAAGGAGUCGACGAAAGCUGAAAGUGUCAAGGGUAAUUUCGAAGUCGCGGGAUAUUCUUUCAUAGCAAAGAAAGAAGAGCUUAGAAAACCUAACGUUUUGAGGUUAGGUUUAAUACAACAUUCAAUUGUUUUACCGACUGAUAAGCCGAUAAGCGAACAAAGACAAGCAAUUUUCAAGAAAAUUGAGAAAAUCAUCGAAGUAGCAGCGUCCGAAGAUGUCCGUAUUUUGUGUUUACAAGAAACGUGGACGAUGCCUUUUUUUCUUUGCACAGGGGAAAAAGAAAAGUGGGAGGAAUUUGCCGAACCAGCUAUUAAUGGCCCAAGCACGUUAUUCCUCAGUAAGUUAGCAAAACAAUAUGAAAUGGUGAUCAUAUCUCCAAUACUGGAACGAGAUGAGGACGGUAAAUGGUGGAACACUGCUGUGGUGAUCGAUGAAAAAGGUGAUUACAUUGGUAAACAUCGUAAAAAUCACUUACCUAGUGUUGGUAGCUAUAGUGAAACAUCAUAUUAUGCACCUGGUAAUCUCGGUCAUCCGGUAUUCGAUACGAAAUAUGGAAAAAUCGCCGUAAACAUCUGUUAUGGACGUCACCAUGCUUUAAAUUGGUUGAUGUUUGGUCUCAAUGGAGCACAAAUUGUUUUCAAUCCUGCGGCUACAAUCGCUGAAUUUGGAGAAACGUUUUGGGGAAUUGAAGCCCGUACUGCCGCAAUCGCUAAUCACUACUUCACCUGCAGUAUCAACAGAGUUGGUACGGAAGAGUAUUUUAUAAAUAAAGAUAAGAAAGUUAGAACUUAUUACGGAUCCAGUUAUGUUACUGCUCCUAAUGGGUGUAGAACACCAGGUCUUUCUAAAGAUAGAGAUGGUCUUCUUAUUGUUGAACUAGAUCUGAAUUUGUGUCGACAAGUCAGGGAUCAAUGGGGGUUCAACAUGACUUCUCGUUUAGAUGUAUAUGCAAAAUCUAUUGAAAAAAAAUUGUGUCCAUGAUGACGAAUUUAAAGA